CUUUUAAACCGGGAUUUGGGACAGCGGGCUGUGUUAAGAGAAUCGGGACUCCCGGGAAAGUCCUGACUGUUGGGCGGUAUGGGAUAUAGACUAGAUUGCCUUGUGGGCAACCCGGCAAUGAACAGACGAAUAUUUGAUUAAAUAGCUCUGCAUAAAUCCUGUUUUUGAUUUAUACUUCCAUCAGAACUGAUGAAGCCUGGUUUCCAGAUGUGGCUUCAGCAAAGGCUUAAAGUUUUCCCUGGGCUACUGUCCAGCAGCUGGGCACGUAGAGUUCUUGCAGUUUCUGGAUUUCUGGUGAUUAUCUACUGGUACAUAUUCUCAGGGUCUCUUUUCAGAUCAUUUUGGUAUGCAGGCCCGCCAAGGGGUAUUUCAGGAGCUUGUCUGCAUGGUCAGACCAUGCAGUGGAAAGCAUUGGCAGAGAAGGGGGAUGUGGUUAUGGUCAGUUUUCCAGGUGAGGAAACAAAGAUGCAAGGGCCAACCAUGGUUGGCAAUGGACAUAUUAUUGUGGAUGUUGGUAAAAACAAUCUUUGGGUGUCUUCAUUGUCAGUAUUAUUUCACUUGACCAAUUAUUCUCCAUUGACUUUUGUUAAGAGUGUAGGUGCAUUAGCAGAGACUCAUGCAACUGCAAUUUUCUUUAAAGAAGGUUUGAUAAGGACCAUUCGUUGCCUACAAAUGGAAGCUUCUGAUUCAUCUCAUGACUGUGUUACAGUGAGAGAAGAUCACUUUGCACACAGAAGCAGGCCACAUGUGUAUGUACAAAAAAUCCACAUUGCAAAUCCAAGUGACAGAGUGGUGACAUUUGAUAUUUCAUCCCAAAAACCCCUUACAGGGGAGACAUUUACCACGAGUGUGGAGAAGGUUCAAGAAAGGCAAUUUCUCCUAUCAUCUGGAAGGGUAUCUGUUGAAGAUGGCAAAAUUAUCUUAGUUGUGGUUGCUACCAAAAAGUUAGUCAGUAGACUACAAGUAAGCCCCAAAUCAGACUAUGAUGAAACUGUUUUUUCUGUUGUUUAUGCCUCUGAACCAAUAGACCCAGGGAAAGUGUCUGAUACCUUUAGUAAGUUACGAGAAUCUGCUAAAAAGGAAAUGUUUGAAUUGAUGCACAUGAAAACUGAAGACUUGUUCCAUGAACAUCAGCAAAUUUGGUCAGACUUGUUUGUAUCAGGCAUAGAGAUGAAAAAGAUCAAAGAUUUGCAUACCCCAUCCCGAGAUACCAUCAACAUCACUCUUUACUACAUGCUUUCCUGCUCUCUGGCACCAUUGGUGGACCCCAUUUUAAGCAACGAGGAGAGAGAUAAAAUGGAAUCGUUUCUGAAUUAUGCUGAUCACUGUUUCACUGGUCAUUCCACUAUGCAUGCUGAGAAUUUGUGGCCUAGUAGCCUUAGUGGUAUUACACAACUUUUGCAACUUUGGGAUUUAUGGAAACUGACUUUGCAAAAGAGAGGAUGCAAAAGUUUAGUGUCAGCUGGUGCCCAUGGACUAAUGCAGGGUAUGCUUCUGAGCUUUGGAGGCUUGCAGUUUACAGAGAACCACUUACAGUUUCAAUCAGACCCACAUGUCCUUCACAAUAGUUACUCACUUCGUGGAGUACAUUAUAACAAGGACCUCAUUAACCUUGCUGUCCUUUUGGAUAAAGAUGAAAAGCCUUUUCUCCACGUGUCUGUGAAAUUCCAGGAUAAACUGGUAAAACUUUAUGCCUGUGAAGCAGGAUGCCUAAAUGAGCCAGUGGAAUUGACUUCUGAAAUUCGAGGGCACAUAUUUCCAGUGCUCGUAACUCAGCCAUUAACGCCACUGCUGUAUAUCUCUACAGAUCUGACACACCUUCAGGACUUAAGACAUACCCUUCAUCUGAAGGAAAUUUUGGCACAUGAAGAACAUAUGGCAAAGCAAUAUCGAGGGCUGCCUUUCUUGUUCUGGUUUAGUGUGGCAUCACUUAUCACACUGUUCCAUUUGUUCUUGUUUAAACUUAUCUACAAUGAGUACUGUGGUCCAGGUGCCAAGCCACUCUUCAGGAGUAAGGAAGAUACCAGUGUCUGAGAAAGCAUGAGACCCUGAUAAGAUUCAUCAUAAGCAACCUGGAGUGAGAAAACUACUGCAGCAAGAUAUGUAUUCUAGUACUUGUGACAGAAAUAAGCUUUAGUUGUAGAAUUAGUACUGUUGGGUGAGAAAUAAAAUCAAAAUAUAGUUUGAAGAAUAAAAUGUUUUUCCUUUAAAUAGGCUCAAAAUGUAUUUAUUUUUUCUAGCUGAGAAUUAUUCAGAAAUAAUACCACUAUUUUCAAUACAAAAAUCAGUUUAAAAAAAAAAUCCAAUUACCUCUUCUUCUGUUGUGAUUGUUUUGAUUUUAAAUUGUCUGUUAUUCCUUAUAUUCAUGACACUUAUUGAGGUGUGACUUGAUUUAAAUGAUUUAAUUUGUGUUCAAUUAAAACAUCUCUUUAAUA